AGGGGAGAGCCCGAGCGCUGGAGUUGGUGCUGGGAAACCCGGGGCUAAUGUUGACAACAGGCUCGAGAUUGUCCUGGGUAACAUAAUGCCAGCUGAGCGUAAAAAGCCAGCAAGUAUGGAAGAAAAAGAAUCUUUACUAAACAGCAAGGAAAAAGACUGCAGUGAAAGGCGGCCAGUGAGCAGCAGGGAGAAACCAAAAGAGGAGAUCAAGCUUACCGCCAAGAAGGAGGUUAUUAAGAUCCCUGAAGAUAAGAAGAAGAAACUGGAAGAAGAUAAGAGAAAAAAAGAAGACAAGGAACGCAAGAAAAAAGAAGAAGAAAAGGUGAAGGCAGAGGAAGAAUUAAAGAAAAAAGAGGAAGAAGAAAAAAAGAAGCAUGAAGAAGAGAGAAAGAAGCAAGAAGAGCAGGCAAAACGUCAAGAGAAAGAGGAAUCCCUUCAGCUUCAUCAGGAGGCUUGGGAACGACAUCAGUUAAGGAAGGAACUUCGUAGCAGAAACCAAAAUGCUCCAGACAACCGACCAGAGGAAAAUUUCUUUAGCCGACUAGACUCAAGUUUGAAGAAAAAUACCGCUUUUGUCAAGAAACUAAAAACUAUUACAGAACAACAGAGAGACUCCUUGUCCCAUGAUUUUAAUGGCCUAAAUUUAAGCAAGUACAUUGCAGAGGCUGUAGCUUCUAUUGUGGAAGCAAAGCUAAAAAUAUCUGAUGUGAAUUGUGCUGUGCACUUAUGCUCUCUCUUUCACCAGCGUUACGCCGACUUUGCCCCAUCACUUCUUCAGGUUUGGAAAAAACAUUUUGAAGCAAGGAGAGAAGAGAAAACACCUAACAUUACCAAGUUAAGAACUGAUUUGCGUUUCAUUGCAGAAUUGACAAUAGUUGGGAUUUUCACUGACAAGGAAGGUCUUUCCGUAAUCUAUGAACAGCUAAAAAAUAUUAUUAAUGCUGAUCGGGAAUCCCAUACCCACGUUUCUGUGGUGAUUAGUUUUUGUCGACAUUGUGGAGAUGAUAUUGCUGGACUUGUACCAAGGAAAGUAAAGAGUGCUGCAGAGAAGUUUAAUUUGAGUUUUCCUCCUAGUGAGAUAAUUAGUCCAGAGAAACAGCAACCUUUCCAGAAUCUUUUAAAAGAAUACUUUACGUCUUUGACCAAACACCUGAAAAGGGACCACAGGGAGCUACAGAAUACUGAGAGACAAAACAGGCGUAUUCUACAUUCUAAAGGGGAGCUGAGUGAAGAUAGACAUAAACAGUAUGAGGAAUUUGCUAUGUCUUAUCAGAAGCUGCUGGCAAAUUCUCAAUCCUUAGCAGACCUUUUGGAUGAAAAUAUGCCAGAUCUUCCUCAAGACAAACCAACACCAGAAGAGCAUGGGCCUGGAAUUGAUAUAUUUACACCUGGUAAACCUGGAGAUUAUGACUUGGAAGGUGGUAUAUGGGAGGAUGAAGAUGCUCGGAAUUUUUAUGAGAACCUCAUUGAUUUGAAAGCUUUUGUUCCAGCCAUCUUGUUUAAAGAUAAUGAAAAAAGUUGUCAGAAUAAAGAGUCCAACAAGGAUGAUUACAAAGAGGCAAAGGAACCUAAGGAUAAUAAGGAGGUAUCAAGUCCUGAUGAUUUGGAGCUUGAGUUGGAGAACCUAGAGAUUAAUGAUGACACUUUGGAGCUAGAGGGUGGAGAUGAAGCUGAAGAUCUUACAAAGAAACUUCUUGAUGAGCAAGAACAAGAGGAUGAAGAAGCCAGCACUGGAUCUCAUCUCAAGCUCAUAGUAGAUGCUUUUCUCCAGCAAUUGCCCAACUGUGUCAACCGUGAUCUGAUAGACAAGGCAGCAAUGGAUUUUUGCAUGAACAUGAACACAAAAGCAAAUAGGAAGAAGCUGGUCCGGGCGCUCUUUAUAGUUCCCAGACAAAGGUUGGAUUUGCUACCAUUUUAUGCAAGAUUGGUUGCUACAUUGCAUCCCUGCAUGUCUGAUGUAGCAGAGGAUCUUUGUUCCAUGCUGAGGGGGGAUUUCAGAUUUCAUGUACGAAAAAAGGACCAGAUCAACAUUGAAACAAAGAACAAAACUGUUCGUUUUAUUGGAGAACUCACUAAGUUUAAGAUGUUCACAAAAAAUGAUACACUGCAUUGUUUGAAGAUGCUUCUAUCAGACUUUUCCCAUCACCAUAUUGAAAUGGCAUGUACCCUACUAGAAACAUGUGGAAGAUUUCUUUUCAGAUCUCCAGAAUCUCACCUGAGGACCAGUGUACUUUUGGAACAAAUGAUGAGAAAGAAACAAGCGAUGCAUCUCGAUGCAAGAUAUGUCACAAUGGUGGAGAAUGCAUAUUACUACUGCAACCCACCUCCAGCUGAAAAAACAGUGAAAAAGAAACGUCCUCCUCUCCAGGAAUAUGUCCGGAAACUUUUGUACAAGGAUCUCUCCAAGGUUACCACUGAGAAGGUUUUGAGACAGAUGCGAAAGUUGCCUUGGCAGGACCAAGAAGUGAAAGACUAUGUGAUUUGUUGUAUGAUAAACAUCUGGAAUGUGAAAUAUAACAGCAUUCAUUGUGUAGCCAACCUCUUGGCAGGACUAGUGCUCUACCAGGAGGAUGUUGGAAUCCAUGUUGUGGAUGGAGUUUUAGAAGAUAUUCGAUUAGGAAUGGAGGUUAAUCAACCUAAAUUUAAUCAGAGACGUAUCAGCAGUGCCAAGUUCUUAGGGGAACUUUAUAAUUACCGAAUGGUGGAAUCUGCUGUUAUUUUUAGAACUCUUUAUUCUUUUACUUCAUUUGGUGUUAACCCUGAUGGCUCUCCAAGUUCACUGGACCCUCCCGAGCACCUUUUCAGGAUUAGACUAGUGUGCACUAUUUUGGAUACCUGUGGCCAGUACUUUGACAGAGGUUCUAGUAAACGAAAACUCGAUUGCUUCCUUGUGUAUUUUCAGCGUUAUGUUUGGUGGAAGAAAAGUUUGGAGGUUUGGACAAAAGACCAUCCAUUUCCUAUUGACAUAGAUUACAUGAUCAGUGACACACUAGAACUGCUAAGACCAAAGAUCAAACUCUGUAAUUCUCUGGAAGAAUCCAUCAGGCAGGUACACGACUUGGAACGAGAAUUCUUAAUAAAACUAGGCCUAGUAAAUGACAAAGACUCAAAAGAUUCUAUGACAGAAGGAGAAAAUCUUGAAGAAGAUGAAGAAGAAGAAGAAGGAGGAGCUGAAACAGAGGAACAAUCUGGAAAUGAAAGUGAAGUGAAUGAGCCAGAGGAAGAGGAGGGUUCUGAUAAUGACGACGAUGAAGGGGAGGAAGAAGAGGAAGAGAAUACAGAUUACCUCACGGAUUCAAAUAAGGAGAAUGAAACUGAUGAAGAAAAUACUGAGGUAAUGAUUAAAGGAGGUGGACUCAAACAUGUACCUUGUGUAGAAGAUGAGGACUUCAUUCAAGCUCUGGAUAAAAUGAUGCUAGAAAAUCUUCAGCAACGAAGUGGCGAAUCUGUUAAAGUGCACCAACUUGAUGUUGCCAUUCCCUUGCAUCUCAAAAGCCAGCUGAGGAAAGGGCCCCCACUCGGUGGUGGGGAGGGAGAAACAGAGUCUGCAGAUACGAUGCCGUUUGUCAUGUUAACCAGAAAAGGCAAUAAACAGCAGUUUAAGAUCCUUAAUGUACCCAUGUCUUCCCAACUUGCUGCAAAUCAUUGGAACCAGCAACAGGCAGAACAGGAAGAGAGGAUGAGAAUGAAAAAGCUCACACUAGAUAUCAAUGAACGGCAAGAACAAGAAGAUUAUCAAGAAAUGCUGCAGUCUCUUGCCCAGCGCCCGGCUCCAGCAAACACCAAUCGGGAGCGGCGGCCUCGUUACCAACAUCCAAAGGGAGCGCCUAAUGCAGAUCUAAUCUUUAAGACUGGUGGGAGGUAG